AUGGUGACCUACUCUAUUGAUGGCGCCAUGGCUGAGGCCUUGGGCCAUCUCAACCGCAUCGCCUGCCAUUUCCGCAACCAUGGACAGCAUAAAUCGGCGAAUGAGCUGGGCAAGCUGAGUAUCAUGAUUGUUAAUGCCUUUAGCGAGGGUGUUGACAACAUUCCUGCAACUGAAUAUGUCUUAGAGGAAGUGUCCAGUAGCAGCCUGAAUGUGAAGGCCAAUACGAUCCAGAAACAGGCCGCUGCCGCCCUCAUGAACGAGGUUGAUAAGGAGAACCAGGGAGAAUUCAACUAUCAGAGCCAUGCCGUCAAGAAGACCCAGCCGCAUGAUAGCCACUUUUCUCAGGCUGGAAGCUGGGCUCAGAUUGCUGGCUCUUUCUCCAACAACCAAGCCAGCACUCACGAUCGAUCUCAGUAUAUGUCCCCGGUGUCGAUGACGGCACUUUCUGCCUCGAAGUAUAGCCAGAACAGUGAUGACGAGGAGGGCGAAUUGCCUGGACUGCCUGCAGCUGGACCCGCGUCCUGUUUGUCACCGGAGAUUCCGGAGACCAAAGCGGCUGUCUUACGUGUUAGUGGACGUAUGAACAAGGACAUCAUUCAUUAUAUCACCACCCGGAUCCACGAGGGACCUUUGCAGGACAUCAAAAUCGAGGCCAAUGGAAGGGCUAGGGUCACCUUCCAGCACGCGUCUCACGGUGUCAUGUUCCUGAACUCGCACAAGGAGAUGGAAGCGCUUCUCGGUUUUGGACGUCUUGGACCGGGAGUCAAUGUUGAGCUCCUUGAGAUUGUUGAGUGGAACGAAGACCAUCGCCGAAUGAACCAGCCGAUCCGUGAACGUCGACGUCUCUCUUUCGCACGAAAGAGGCUCUUUGCGGAGAACAUGUCACCCGAGAAAUGGAAGCAAGACGUUCGUACCCUGGCUGGGCCUGGUAACAUUGAUUUCCUUUGGGUCUUCAAUUCUGGUAACGCGACGGCGGUCUUUACCAGCACUAGUGUUGCUCGCAGGGUUUUGGACGUGUUCAACAAGUGGAAGACCGGCCGCAACGUGUACAACGGAGUCUCGGUGACGUUCUCAUCGGACCCUUGCGAGAAGGAGUUGGUCUUGGUCAAGGAGACCAGCCGUCCCUCGUACGCCAAGAACUUUGUCAAAAGGGCCAUGCGCGAAGCAGGGCGGUAA